AUGGAGUUUUCAGAUCAACCUUUACCUUUCUUGCAACGAAUCAAUAUCUCAGACUCUGCCACCAUCCAUUUUCGACAGCUAUUGGCAUGCUUGGUAACAAUACUUUGUGCUUUUUUGCUUAGACGCAAGUCAGUCCGCCAGUUUCCGGGUCCACCUGCUUGGCCUAUCAUCGGUAAUCUCGCUUCCAUAUACCACUGUCAUGCCGAGAGGCAGAUUUUCGAGUGGGCAAAAGUGCACGGGGACGUUGUUCAAGUGCAAUUUGGCUCCCUGACGACGCUUGUGGUCAAUUCCGCAGCAGCAGCAAAGGAAAUAUUUGCAGGAAGUGCUACAGCACUCUCAUCUAGACCUGUUUUUCACACGUUCCACAAUAUCAUCGCUGGUACACUAGGUCCAACCAUUGGCACCGCCGGGUAUGGAGAUGCUCUCAAGAAAGGCCGAAAGACCACAGCAGCGGAGCUAAGCAAACCCGCUGUUAAGGCAAACCUGGACAAAAUUGACCUUGAAACUCGGCAUCUCCUCCAAGAAAUUCUGAUUUACGGGAGCGAAGGCCAGAAUCCGAUGCUGGUCUCGAAGCCUAUCAAAAGGCUUACACUAAGCCUUUCACUUUCGAUCUGUUAUGGUCGGCGAGUAUACCUUGGCGACCCUCUUACCCACGACAUUAUCGACGUUGAAGACGAAAUUCUCAAGUACAGAAGCAUGACAGACAACCUCCAGGACUAUAUUUCCUUCUUUCGUGUGUGGCCAUUGAAUUCGUACUACAGUAAAGCGGUAGAGCUACGCAAGCGCCGUGAUGCAUAUGUUCUUAAGCUGAAUCAAGAGAUCGAAGCCAAACUUCAGGCUGGAACUCACGAAGAUUGUCUCUACGCGAAGAAUAUGGCAAGCGCGCAUCCACUCCCAGUUCAAGAGCUCUCCACGGUGCUGUUGACUUUCCUGUCUGGUGGAUUAGCAACGGCAAGCAGCACAAUACACUGGAGCUUGACACUUCUUGCAAAACGGCCAGAUAUUCAGGACACCGCAUACAAGGCAAUAAGGGAGGUCUAUGCAAACGAUGAACAGCUCUUUGAAGCAUGUUUAGCGGAUAAGGAAGAUAUUCCCUAUAUAUCUGCUUUAGUUCGUGAAUCUUUGAGAUACUACACUCCUUCCAGAUUAGCACUUCCCCGGCUAACAGUGCAACCAUUUCAAUACGAAGGCAAAGUCAUCCCUGAGGGUACUACAGUCAUGUUAAAUACGUUUGCGUGCAAUAUGGACCCCAAGGUGUUUGAAGAUCCUGAAACCUUCUGUCCCGAAAGGUGGCUUAAGCACCCAGAGUUGCCCAUUUUCAGCUACGGCCUAGGUUACCGGAUGUGUGCCGGCUAUACUCUCGCAAAUCGCGAGAUGUAUAUUCUGUUAGCUCGGAUUAUUGCCCUGUUUGAAAUUUCUCCAACCACUGAAACUGAUGCCAAUCAUAUCACCGGCUGUGCUGAUCCUGCCCAUCAGGCCAUGGCUCCCAGAAAUUCAGGUCUCUACUUUCGUCCUCGCAAUGUCGAUAAGAUCAAGGUCAUCUUGGGUAACGGUUCAGUCAAUGUUUUUCUAAUGUCUGCAAAUACUAUGGCUGCCUCUGAACAUAUCCCGAAAACCUGCUUCAAGUGUUGUGGUAUCCUCCUUAUCGUGAGCACAUAG